AAUAAUUGUUAUAUUUAAAAUAUGUCAUUUAAAUAUAUAUCAUUUAUUUUAUUAUUUAUUAUAUUUACAAAAUUUGUAAAUUCCACAACUUGUCGUGGUAAAGUAGAUUAUUGUGGCGUUUGUAAUGGUGAUGGUAGCACAUGUUGCACUAAAAGUUUUUGUGAUGAUCACAAUUUAUGCACAGUUGAUUCAUGUCCACCACCAGACACCAUAGUUGAUCCAGAAUUAACAUUAGAUCUUUAUUGUGAUCACGCACCCAUUCCAGAUCCAUGGGAAGGUAAUAAAUGUAUUAAAGGUGAAUGUAAUCCAUUAGAUGGAAAAUUUACACCAAACUACACCAAAUGCCCAGAAACGUAUAAUGGUGGGAGAUUAGUUCGUUGUGAUCCAGCAGCAGGAUGUCUAUAUGAAUUACCACAAUGUGGUAUUUGUGAAUUCUUAGAAACAAGAAAUAAGACUGCUUGUAUCAAAAAGACCUCAAAUGAUUGUGCUAAAGAAUUAAGUCUCACUAAUUCAAUCAAUAAAUGCAAGAUUUACUCAUGUGAUCCAACUAAAGGCUGUGUUGAAGAGGAUAAAUGCAAACAAGGUCCAAACCCAUGCCUAGCCCCAGUUUGUGAUUCCUUUACUGGUAUGUGUGGUGUUAAAAGAGUUAAAAAUGAUAAAUGCAAAUGAUGACAAGCUUGUAUCCAAAUCUCAUUAGGUUUAAAAGUUUAAACUAAAAUUAUAUAAAAAAAAAACU